CCCCGGGAGGCCGGGCGCUGACGGGCGCGCGGCCCCGAGGAUGCGGGAGCGGGAGCAGCCCCGGCGUGGAUGCCCCAUUCCCUUGGCCUUGGGAGACACCGUUUAAUGGCGGCAGCGGCCGCCGGGUGAGCGAUCGACGUCGGUCCUCCGUCGGGUCCCGAGAGGAGCGGGUUCUCCCCGCGUCCCCGCCGCUGGAUUGCUGGGGUGCUUCUCCUUGCCGACUGCUGCACCCGUGAAGGGAGAAGAUGCCACUGCCGUUUGGAUUGAAACUGAAACGCACGCGGCGCUACACGGUCUCCAGCAAGAGCUGCCUGGUGGCGCGGAUCCAGCUGCUCAACAACGAGUUCGUGGAGUUCACGCUGUCCGUGGAGAGCACGGGCCAGGAGAGCCUGGAAGCCGUGGCCCAGAGGCUGGAGCUGCGGGAGGUCACUUACUUCAGCCUCUGGUACUACAACAAGCAGAAUCAGCGCCGGUGGGUGGAUUUGGAGAAACCCCUGAAGAAGCAGCUGGAUAAAUACGCACUGGAACCUACCGUGUACUUCGGAGUGGUGUUUUACGUGCCUUCCGUCUCCCAGCUGCAGCAGGAGAUUACCAGGUAUCAGUAUUAUCUGCAGCUGAAGAAAGAUAUCUUGGAAGGAAACAUUCCUUGUACGUUAGAACAAGCUAUUCAGCUGGCAGGCUUAGCUGUUCAAGCUGAUUUUGGUGACUUUGAUCAGUAUGAAUCCCAGGACUUCCUUCAGAAAUUUGCCUUGUUUCCUGUGGCAUGGUUACAAGAUGAGAAAGUCCUGGAAGAAGCAACCCAGAAGGUGGCCUUACUACAUCAGAAAUACAGGGGCCUCACAGCUCCCGAUGCUGAGAUGCUGUACAUGCAGGAGGUAGAGAGAAUGGACGGCUACGGGGAAGAGAGCUACCCUGCCAAGGAUAGCCAAGGAAGUGAUAUAUCCAUCGGAGCAUGCCUUGAAGGAAUCUUUGUGAAACACAAGAAUGGAAGACCUCCGGUGAUAUUCAGGUGGCAUGACAUUGCUAACAUGUCCCACAACAAGUCCUUUUUUGCCUUAGAGCUGGCAAACAAAGAGGAGACCAUCCAGUUUCAAACUGAAGACAUGGAAACUGCAAAAUACGUAUGGAGGUUGUGCGUUGCGAGACACAAAUUUUACCGACUAAACCAGUGUAACCUGCAAACUCAGCCUGUCACGGUGAACCCCAUCAGGAGAAGGUCCUCCUCUAGGAUGUCUCUGCCUAAACCCCCCCAGCCAUAUGUGAUGCCUCCCCCACCCCAGCUGCAUUAUAACGGACAUUACACAGAGCCAUAUGCCUCUUCCCAAGAUAACCUCUUUGUACCCAGCCAGAAUGGAUAUUACUGUCACUCUCAGACAAGCUUGGAUAGAGCCCAGAUUGACCUCAACGGCCGAAUCCGAAACGGCAGUGUCUACAGUGCACACAGCACCAACUCCUUAAAUAACCCUCAGCCCUUCCUGCAGCCCUCCCCAAUGUCCUCCAACCCCAGCAUCACGGGGAGCGACGUCAUGCGACCCGACUACGUCCCGUCCCAUCGCCACAGUGCCCUGAUACCCCCGUCGUACCGGCCGACCCCAGACUACGAGACUGUGAUGAAGCAGCUCAACAGGGGCAUGGUGCACGCGGAGAGGCAGAGCCACUCGCUGAGAAACCUCAGCAUCGGCAACUCCUAUGCAUACAGCAGGCCCGACGCCCUGGUCUACAGCCAGCCCGAGAUCCGGGAUCAUGCACACUUCGCCUCUCCACAGUCGGCCCACUAUCCCUUCAACCUGAAUUACAGUUUCCACAGCCAGUCUCCUUAUCCCUACCCUGCUGAGCGGCGGCCGGUGGUGGGGGCGGUCAGCGUGCCUGAGCUGACCAACGUGCAGCUGCAGGCUCAGGAGUACCCGGCUGCAAACAUCAUGAGGACCCAAGUGUACCGGCCACCCCCACCAUACCCAUACCCGAGGCCCGCCAACAGCACCCCAGACCUGUCCCGCCACCUCUACAUCAGCAGCAGCAACCCGGAUCUCAUCACCAGGCGCGUCCACCACUCGGUGCAGACGUUCCAAGAGGACAGCCUGCCUGUGGCUCACUCUCUGCAGGAAGUCAGCGAGCCACUCACGGCAGCCCGGCACGCCCAGCUGCAGAAGAGGAACAGCAUCGAGAUCGCAGGGCUGAGCCACGGCUUUGAGGGCCUGAGGCUCAAGGAGAGGACCAUGUCGGCGUCGGCCGCAGACAUGGCCCCGCGGGCCAUCUCUUCCCAGCCCAGUGUCUUCACCGAGAGGACGAAACAAGAAGAGCCUGAGGAGCGGGAGAGCCUGAGAUAUGGCCAUCAGAAGUCUCUCUCGGACGCCACCAUGCUGAUCCACAGCAGCGAGGAAGAGGAGGACUUUGAAGAAGAAAGCAAGGCCCAGGCCAGCCUCCCUGCAGGUGCCCAGGAGCCCCAGCAGCAGGGCGGUUACUCCCAGGAGCCGCCACUGAGCUGUUCCUAUGCCUCCGUCGGGCCUGUCGCAGGCCCGCUGCACAUCCUCGAGCCCAAGUCCCACGUGGCAGAGACUGAGCAGAGGGUCAGGGACAUCAGCCCUGUCCACCCGAGUGUUGACGCCCGGCGGCCCAGAAGAGAUGGGCUGCUGACGCCCUCCAUGUCCGAGUCUGACCUCACGACGUCGGGGAGAUACCGAGCCAGGAGGGAUUCUCUGAAGAAGAGGCCGGUGUCGGACCUCCUCUCUGGAAAGAAGAACAUCGUGGAAGGCCUCCCGCCACUAGGGGGAAUGAAAAAGACUCGAGGAGAUGCAAAAAAAGUUGGUCCUCUUAAGUUGGCAGCCCUGAAUGGACUUUCUCUUUCCCGGCUGCCUCUGCCUGAUGAAGGGAAGGAAGUGCCUUCCCGAGCAACCAAUGAUGAAAGGUGUAAAAUCCUGGAACAACGGUUAGAACAGGGAAUGGUAUUCACAGAGUAUGAGAGAAUUCUUAAAAAACGACUCGUUGAUGGAGAAUGCUCCAUAGCGCGGCUCCCUGAAAAUGCAGAAAGAAACCGAUUCCAAGACGUCCUUCCCUAUGACGAUGCCAGAGUAGAGCUGGUCCCGACUAAAGAAAACAAUACUGGCUACAUCAACGCAUCGCAUAUUAAGGUUUCUGUCAGUGGAAUUGAAUGGGAUUAUAUUGCCACACAGGGACCGUUACAGAAUACCUGUCAGGAUUUUUGGCAGAUGGUAUGGGAACAGGGCAUUGCAAUUAUAGCAAUGGUGACGGCAGAAGAGGAGGGGGGAAGGGAGAAGAGCUUCAGGUAUUGGCCACGACUGGGUUCCAGGCACAACACUGUCACCUAUGGGAGGUUUAAGAUCACGACCCGCUUCCGCACAGACUCCGGCUGCUAUGCCACCACGGGCUUGAAGAUGAAGCACCUGCUCACGGGGCAGGAGAGGACAGUUUGGCACCUGCAGUACACAGACUGGCCUGAGCACGGCUGUCCAGAAGACCUCAAGGGGUUUCUCUCUUAUCUUGAAGAGAUCCAGUCUGUUCGACGCCAUACAAAUAGCACAAGUGAACCCAAAAGCCCCAACCCCCCAUUGUUGGUGCACUGCAGUGCUGGAGUGGGGAGGACCGGCGUCGUCAUUUUGUCCGAGAUCAUGAUUGCCUGUCUGGAACACAAUGAGGUGGUGGACAUCCCGAGAGUCCUGGACAUGCUAAGGCAACAGAGAAUGAUGCUGGUGCAGACCCUCUGUCAGUACACGUUCGUGUACAGAGUUCUCAUUCAGUUCCUGAAAAGCUCCAGGCUCAUCUAAGCUCCCACAACUUUUUACAGGGACCCAGUCACGUGAAGCGUUUACAGCUUUAAAAUACAAGUGCUUGCCUCAUUCAUCCUUUCUCCUCGACACCUGACCCACACAGCAGUACACGGGGACCUCGUGGUGCGUAUGAAUGGCAGCACGCUGAGCGACACGCAGAGCACAAGGCUGAAGAGGGCACUGCAGACCUGGACCGGUGCUGAAGGAGGACGCGGGCCGCGGGCACUGCCCUGCCCCCGUCUGUCUGAUUUGCAGUACUUGCACACAUUUUGGAGAUUGUAUUUUCUAGACAAUUCUCUAUUUUACUGAAGCUAAGCUGGGCAAUUCUGGCAAUCAAAGUGCAUAGAUUUCUAUCUUUAACUACUUUUUGAUAAUGGAGUUUUAUUUUGUGACUAAAAUAUUUAGGAGUUUUCUUAGAAACUGAAUUUUCUGUGGUGAAAAUCUGCGGAUAAGAGUGUUCCUGUAUAACUUUGUAUUUAAAACCAUGUUAUUGUCUUUUGUUAUUUUUUUUAAAAAAAGCCUUGGGUACUUUAUGGUUUAGUUACCAAACCCAAAACUAUAAGGAGACUAAAAGUGUUAUUUUGAAACACAGAAAACAUUUUUAUACUCAGAAAAUUUUUUAUCCUAAAACUUCUAUAUAUUUGUAAUUUCUGUAUUUUCCAAACGAGAACUCAACUCAAUAAGACUGAAAUGAGUCGGUUAAUGUAAAGGAAGAUUGGGACUGAAGGCACAUUAUUUAAAAUGUAAUAGAAUAAUCAGGUUUAUUAUUUUUCAGUAUUAUUGUAAACCUAAGUGAGUUUGAUUUUAUUGGUUGCAAAUGAAGUGAAAAACAAUUGCAUAGGAUGGCUUUAAGCACUUUUUUGUUCAAAACAAAAAAAUAUGAGUUUUACUAUGUGUUGCUUUAUAGAUGAGACAGUGACAAUGGAUGUUGUUUCAAAAGUGUUUCUGAAGGGGAGGAUUAAGAGCAUGUAAGAUGACGAGGACAAGAGUAAGUGGAGUGUGAGGUCAAUGCAGGAUGCCUUGUUUUUACAAACACACAGUAUUAUCCAUACUCAGACUAAGACCGGGGAUGCAGAGUGGGGGCUGAGGCAUACGGGGCUGACUCCACAGCCCUCCCCGGGCGUUCAAGGCCUAUCCCUGAAUUUGUUUCUUCGGAGUUUUUCCACCUAAACCUGUACUCCUUAUGAAUAAAUUUAGGUUUACAUUAUCAUUAAAAGAAGCCUUGAAGAGCCUUUAUAUACUUUUGACUGAAAGAAAGGAACAGUUAAUUUCAUUUCUUCUCCCAAAACCACAGCCCAAAGUUGUCAUCACCAGAAAUUGCUGUGGUAUUUAAGAGGUACUUGAAUUUUAGCUCCUUAAUCCCUGUAUUUCACUUCUAGGAUCACCAUGGCCACUCAGUCCCCCACUCCCUCCCAUGUAGGUACAGCCUAAGGGAUAGUUCCAGGCUGAGUUAAGGGGCAGAAGUAUGCCUGUGGCCAGGCUAAGAUGCCAGGUUCACAGUUCAUAGAGUUGCUGUGUUCAGAGUUCAUGUUGAACAGGAAGGACAGAUGGGCACACGUAGCUGGAGAGCCGUCUCCUUCCGUCUUCUGAGGCUAUUAAACGUCACAUCUAGGGCUGCUUCCCCAAAUACAACGUUCUAGUCAGCAUUUCGAUUCCCAUGUCACCUCUAAAGCAGUUUUCCUCACUCUUGUGAACACUAAAUAUCAUUAUCAGCUAUGAGAUAGGAUUUCCUUCUUUAUAGUAUGUGCCAGCCCAAGUUAAUUGCUCGGAACCCAACAACCUAACAAUAAAAUUAAGAUAGUCAUGAAAUGGGUACACUUCUCACUUAGAAACAAAAUAUGGAUUGUCAAUCUAAAGUUGCUUUAAAAAUUCUUGUUUAAAGAACAACAGACUCAAGUAAAAACUUUGAGAAACUGCUCCCCAGAAGAAAGGAAUAAGAGUUUAUGGUUGUGUUUCUCAUCUCCACACCAUAUAAAGGACAGGAAUUUUUCUGAAGCUUUUUUUUCUUUGAAUGGUACGUUUUACACAAAUGUUUCUCUAUCAGGUUUAAGCAUUUUGAAGUGUCCCAGUGAUAAGAACAUUGUAAAACAAGAAUCUAAUUAAAGAGUAAUAUAUGGUAUAUUUGUGUUCCAGUCGUAAUACUUUGAUAAGUGAAUUUCUUAGGACAAAUUAUACUGUUUAAAUCUGUCACUCUUAAAAUGUUGCAUGUCUGACAUUGCUUCUAUGAGCCUAAAUUUUUCAUUGCGGUUAGUGACUAUGCAAGGAUUUCCGAAUAAAAAUCUCUAUUGCUGGUCCUUGAAAUAAUGUGGUUUUCAAGAGUAAACAGUAGAAUAUGAGGUUUUCCACAUCUGAGUUGAGAAUGCUACUGUCUGCCAAACUGACACAAUGCUUCAAUGUGCCUUAAUAAUCUUUUAGUUUCUUGCUAUACAUUUUGAUAAUUUUGAUAGGAAGUUAGUAACAUUUUACAAAAAGCAGGUUAUAAACCAGUGCUUUUACUGUUCCGUUUGAUGUCUCUGGCAUCAGCUUUCCUGGUUAGUGGGGUCUUUUGAUGAAAUGUGCCGUUGGCAGUUCUAAGCACAGUAAGUGCUUAUUUUAGCAUACUAUUUGGAGUGUUAUCUGCGCUUAUUUUCUUCUGGAACAUCUACUGUGAAGCAUUCAGAAAGCCCCAGAAUUUGGUCUUUAGAAUCCUUUCACAGGAUGAAGACAGAAGCUAGACCUGUGCUUCCUUAGAAACUUCCAGAAAGAGCAAUGUCUGACUAGAAACACAGAAGAGGGGGGUGUCAUGGGCUCACUGACACUCAGUGACAAUGUGGCAUGGCCCGAUUUUCUCUGAAGCUUGUAUCAGGAGAAUAAGUUACUUCCAAUAGAUUGACAGGUUCACAGUGUUAAGAAAAUUUAAAUGUAUAUACAGUGCAACCACAUAUAAUUAAACUGGAGGUCAGCUGCAACUUGUCAAGAACAGGUUUAUUAUUUGAGAUUUGCACAAAAUGAAACAGGAAUUACUAUUUAUUGUAAAUUUAUUUUUUUAAAAAAUGCAAAUUUAUUUGGAGAAUUAGCUCCCAUGAGUCAGACAGUGGAGAAGUCUCUCAGUGAGGCUUAGGGGUUAGGACGUAAUUUGGGAUUGUCACGUCCCUCACUGGAGUGCCUGGGUUUGAAUCCAGCUCUGCUCCUGAGUCCAGCUUUGUGUUAAUCCAGACCUGGGAGGCAACAGGUGAUGGCUCAAAUAGCUCUAUCUCUACCACUUACAUGAAGAUCCCAACUGAGUUUUGGGCUCCUGGCUUUUUUUUUUUUUUUGACAGGCAGAGUGGAUAGUAAGAGAGACAGAGAGAAAGGUCUUCCUUUUUUUGCCAUUGGUUUACCCUCCAAUGGCCGCUGCGGCCGGCGCAUCUCACUGAUCUGAAGCCGGGAGCCAGGUGCUUCUCCUGGUCUCCCAUGGGGUGCAGGGCCCAACCACUUGGGCCAUCCUCCACUGCCUUUCCGGGCCACAGCAGAGAGCUGGCCUGGAAGAGGGGCAACCGGGAUAGAAUCCGGCGCCCCAACCGGGACUAGAACCCAGUGUGCCGGUGCCGCAAGGCGGAGGAUUAGCCUGUUAAGCCACGGCGCCGGCUGAGGCUCCUGGCUUUAACUUGGUCCAGCCACAGCUGUUUCAGGCAUUUGGGAAGUAGACUAGCAGAUGGAAAAGUCUCUGCUACUCUGCCUUUCAAAUAAAUAAACAAAUCUUAAAGGAAUUCUCUCUUCGAGCCCUGCAAUGGCUAGAGAAAGGCCAAAGCUAGGAGCCUGGAACUCCCUCCUGAUCUCCGACAUGGGUGGAAAGGGGCCCAUCUUCUGCUAUUUAUUAACGGAGUGGGUAGGACUAGAACCAGAGCUCCCAUAUGGGAUGCUGGUGUUGCAAGUAGAGGCUUAACCUGCUGUGCUACAACACAGGCCCUAGAGAGGGAAUUUUUAAGAAGUCGCAUGAUAGGUCAUCUAGAGGUUGGAGACUGGGAUGCCAGGAAAACGUUAGUCCAAUGCUGAAGGCCACAGAAUCAGGGAAGAUGAAGGUGCAACUCAGUACAAGGCUGAAAGCCUGAUGCUGGGCUAGGGGGAUGCUGGUGUAAGUCCUGGAGCCUAAAAGCCAGCCAGCCUGGAGUUAUGAUGUCUAUAAAUCUUUUUUAUGUUGAACUCAUCUGGUAAAUUGAGAAUACAUUCCCCUGCAGUUUUAUGUGGAAUAAGCUCAAGCUAUCCCUUUCCAAUUUAAAAUUUAAAAAAAGUAAAAAUUAUAAAUUGUAAGAGGCUCUUUUUUGAGCUAAGAGAUAGCUAAUAUACCAUUCUGUCUACAAUUACUUACAGAAAAUUGAAAAAAAUCAGAAGGCCCAGCUUAAAAGUUUGUGUGUUUGUGGGGAUAGGUGGAAGGGAAGAUUUUAAAGGGCAUCUCAAGGCAUUCUUGGAUGGUUAAAGGGGUAUCUUUCUGUAUGUCAGGCAGUUCCCAAAUAAAAUACCAGAUCUUAGAGUUGACCUGUAUAUUGAACUGUGAUAUUUUAUUUUUUUAGAUUUAUUUUAUUUGAAAGGCAGAGUUACAGAGAGAGGGAGAGACAGAGAUGGGGGUGGGGGAGGUCUUCCAUCUACCGGUUCACUCUCCAAAUGGCCACAAUGGCCGGAGCUGAGCCGAUCUGAAGCCAGGAGCCAGGAGCUUCUUCUGGGUCUCCCAUGUGGGUGCAGGGGCCCAAGGACUUGGGCCAUCUUCCACUGCUUUCCCAGGCCAUAGGAGAGAGCUGGAUCAGAAGUGGAGCAGCCGGAAAGUGGAGCAACUGGGACAUAUAUGGGAUUGCCGGCAAAGCAGGUGGCAGCUUUAACUGCUACGUCACAGUGAUGGCCCCAAUACAGUAUUAUUUACCUUUGUAAACGGUACUCCCAGUGAGAGGUGACAUUCCUAACUCGUCCCCCUAAUGCUUAUUUAAGGCAGAGGGAGCCUGGAAGGUAAGCAAUAGUGGUCCAAACCAAGUUGCUGUAUUCUUUUCUCCAAGAAUCUGCAGGCAGCUUUUCUCCCUGCUGCACCCUAGUGGUGAGAAAAGAGGAUGAACUCUCCCUGUCAGUAGCUGACUCAGGGAGCAGCUUAAGUUGGACUGGUCAGUGUUUCAUGGGAAAAUGUCACAGAAGUAAAUAUCCCAGCACUUGUUGCACAAACUUGAGUGGUGUGUGGGAGAACGGGACUUAAUGAUGAACUGAGCGGGGAUGCAGGCAGGCAUGAAGGAAGGUGAACUGGCAAAACAGCGUUCUGCCUCUCCUAUCGCCACUUGCACUAGCCUCCCUGGCAAUGUCAGUGGCUUGGAAGGGGAAGAGGAGUUGGGCCCAGAAGGUGGUCUAGGGUCUGCAGCCCCCAGCUGAGGGAGCAGCAGUUCCAAGGCAAAUACUAAAUGAAAGAGUAUUUCUAGCUCACAUACAUGUGAAUUAAGGUCUGCAUGCAUACGGUAUUUCCAAAAAUGUUAAAAUUAUCCAUAUAAUUUGAAAAGUUAAAAUACUGAGGCCAGGGCUGUGAUAUAGUAGGCUAAGCCUCCACCUGUGGUCCAUGUCCCAACUGCUCCUCUUCCGAUCCACCUCUCUGCUAUGGCCUGGGAAAACAGUGGAAGAUGGCCCAAGUGCAUGGGUCCCUGUACCUGCGUGGGAGACCCAGAAGAAGCUCCUGGCUCCUGGGUUUGGAUCAGCCAGCUCUGGCCGUUGGAGCCAUUUGGGGAAUGAAACAGUGGAUGGAAGACCUUUCUUUGUCUCUCCCUCUCUCUGUCUGUAACUCCACAUCUCAAAUAAUUAGAAACAUUUUUUAAAAAAAAGUUAAAAUAUUAAAUUUUUCAAAAUCAAGAGUACAUUAUUUUGAUGGGUAAAGAAAGGGAAUAUUAAUAAUAUACUUGGAAUUUAUGCUUUGAUAAUGUAAGUACAAAUACAAGAUAAGAAAGGAAUAACUGAACUUCUAACUGUAGAACUUAGGGCUGACAGACUGUUCCAGAUCUCUGGAAAUGACUUAUUAGGUAGAUAAGUGUUUUUAUCAUUACUCCCUAACUGCCAUUAAAUGAUUUUGUGAUGUGUCAAAUGAAAGGACCAUUUAAUAUCAAUAAAAUGCCUUGGCUUUGAAUCUACAGUACAGUGUAGCUGCACUGCCUAUAGCAAUUUACAAAUAGCAUGAUUUCAGUAUAAUAGCUCUGCAAUUUUAACUGAAUUAGAAGGUGGUUUUUAAAAUGUAGCAAAAUAAUACUUUUUUUUCAGCUGACAAGCAUGAAUACUAUUGACAGCUAAGUGUGCAUGUGUUUUUUAAAUUUACACGCUAAAAAUCUAGUAAAGUAAGCAUAUACAUUGUGCUUAGAACCAGAUCUAUGCUGCCAAAGAUAUUCAGAUGGUUGAAUUAUCUGGAUUAGCCAGAAUGUGAAUCUGUGAGGCCUGAGUUUUGGGGUUAGGUUGAUGAGAGACUGGUACUUAUUUAAUGGUGACCUGCUUUCCAUUACCAGCUUCUUACUCAUCAGCUGGGAAAAAUUAAACAAAUUAAUGAGGCAUAUAAAGUUAGCCACUCAUUUCAUUAGAUGCAAAUAUUGCAGGUUGGACUGCUACCAUAUGCUAAAUGACUACCCAGUUUUUGUUCUGGAAGUUUAUUAGAAGUCACUUGAAAUUAAUGGACCACUAAGACAAAUCUGUUACCCAUGGUAAUAUUUUUGAAAUGUAAUUUAAUCUUAAUUAAGUGUCCUGAAAAGGUUUUGGUAAGGUUUUGUAUCUUGCUGGAGCAAUACCAGUAUAACACUGUUCAAUCCAACAAAUAGCUUGAGAAAAGUAAAUAUUCUUCUGAGUAUUUUUAAAACAGAAUAAAAACAAGUUUAAAAAAUAAUACAAAAUCCUUAAACCUAAUGUGAGUCCAACCAAAAGAUAAAAGAAAAAUGUUAAAUAUUUUGCAACUACUGUUGAUUGGUGGAACAAUACAGGUACUGUAGAAAUAGUUAUAGGGAUGAUUCUUAAUAUUUUUGAAAACUGUUAGUAUGAUGCACUUAAGCCCUCUUAUUUUUUUUCAAAUCCCAUAUUAAAGAUAAGCAGCUUAAUUUCUAGAAUUAAGCUAUCACAUAUUUAUCAGUAUAUUCAAUUUCUAAGCAACACAUUGAAAAGGAGAGGAAAAUUGCAAUAUUUAUCAAUAUAUCAAGCCAUACUUUACAGAUUGACUGGCACCGAGCUGAUACAUGAUUUCUUACAGCUGUGGAGACUGGCAAGUUCAAGGUUAAGGGCCCCCACCUGUGAGGGCCUUCUUGCUGCAGCUUCCCAUGCAGGAGGGUGAGUGGGGGAGGGAGAAGAGGCAGUGCAAGUACAAAACAGGGCUGAAACGGCUUUAACUCUUGCAAUAAGGAACACAUUCCCAAGAUAACGACAUCAAUUAAUUACUUAAGGUCCCACCCCCAAAUACUAUCACCAUGCUGGGGAUUAAGUUCCCAGCAUAUGAACUUUGGGGGACACAUUUAAACCAUACACCAUUAAGUCAGUAUUUUCCAUGAAUAUCUGUUGUACUUAACAGAGGGAGAUAUUCUGACUUAUAACAAAGCUCUACAGCUCAGAUGAAGGAAGAAUUACAUAGUAAAAAAUCAAAUUUGCUCUAUAUUUCUGUGCUGUAUUAUCUUAUUAAAAAGGAAGCAUUCCAAGCCACAUCUAUAGUAAACUUAGCAAAACAGAGAAAGGGACAAGCAUGUAGCCUCAGCAGUUAAGACCCUUAAAUUCCGUAUCAGAGUACCUGGAUUUGUUUCCUGGCUCGAGCUCGAUUCCAGCUUCCUGCUAAUGCACACCCUGGUGAUUGGCAUUGGUGAUGGCUCAAGUAACUGGAUUCCAGGCACCCUUCUGGAGACCUGGACUGAGUUCCUGGCUCCAGCCCCGACCCAUUCCAGACCACUGCAGGCACUUGGGAAGUGAACCAGUAGAUGGGAGCUUGCUGUGUUUCUGGUCUGCCUUUCAAAUAAGUAAAAAUAAAAAUAUAGCAAGUCUACUUAAAUACAAAUUCCAACAGAGGUUAAUAUGAUUUAAAAUGCUUAACAAGCCUAAAACAAAACCUUGGGGAAAAGUUAAAUAUUUUUUCUUGGGAGAUUGCUGUAUGAUUAAAGCAAUGCACCUUAUAAAAAUGGUAGUAUGAAUGUCUAUUUUCUAGUUCAAAGAGGAAUUUUGUGUUACUGUCUGGUGAUAAGAUAAAGAUUAUUAUAAGAACUUAAUUCUUCUAAACUGUUACUGGUUUAUAAGAGUGUACAUUUUAUGGGUAAGAAGUUUGAAUGGCUGAAUGUAAUACAUGUGAAAUGAAUAUCUUAUCAUUUAUUU